AAAAGAAUUGCCGUUAGCAUCCACCCUCCAGCUGGCGCGUUUCUCAACUCGAGUUGCUCUCUUUCUGGCACCCUCUUCAUCCCACUCUGGUCCCGUCCACUUUACAAUGUUUCAUUGAUGAUUUAUGCGCCCGAUCGCAUUGAAUAACACUCCUUCUCUCUCUCUCUUUCCGUUACAUAUAUACAUGUUUGGAUCGGCAUCCUUUUGGACACGCUGAUGGAUAGGAUGGAGCUCGCAGCCGACAGCUGCAGCCACUUGAACGGUACCAACGAUCUGCUGAUGUUGAUGACGGUCCAGCACAACGGCCAUCGUCCCAUCCACGCGAACACCAGCGCCAACAACUCGGCCAUUUACAAUGAUAUUUUCCUAAGCAGGUCGUCUUUAGGAUUGAGGCGCUUCUCGGGUGUCAUGACCAUCUUCAUCAUUAUGAUGGGAGUAUUGGGUAACGCGUUAACUAUUGCGGCGCUAAUUAAAAGCCCGAAAAUACGUAAUCUAACGGUUGCCUUCAUCACCAGUUUGUGCGUGGCGGAUUUGAGCUUCUGCGUCCUUGUAAUGCCGUUCACCGCCUACCGAUUCCUCAACGAUCGUAAUUACUUUGGAGACGAAGACAUCAUGUGCGUCAUCUUCCCAUUGGUCCAGUACGCCAAUGUCGGCGUCUCGUUACUCUCCAUCGCCAUGAUCACUAUCAACCGGUUCGUAAUGAUUGCUUACCCGCACUUGUACAAGAAGAUUUACACCAGACAGAGCGUCGCCGGAAUGGUUGCCUUCUCGUGGCUGUUCUCCUUCCUGACGUUGAUGCCCACCUUGACCAGUCGAUGGGGGAAAUUUGGUUUCGAUACUUGCCUGGGCUCGUGUUCCAUCAUCGGGUCUAAAGGACCGAAAACGACCUUGUUCCUGAUCGGAUUCCUAACACCCUGUCUAGCUAUUGUUAUCUGCUAUGCUGGUAUCUUCUGGACCGUGAACAAGUCGAGAACGAGAGUCCAGGGGCAUGCGGCAACGACGACGGUCACGCCUGGUCGCACUGGAAGCGAUUGGCGUCUAACUAAAAUGAUCCUCAUCAUUUUCGUUUCGUUUAUUGUCUGCUACUUGCCAACAGCCAUUAUCAAGAUUGUCGACAAGAAAGUGGAACGAGCCGACGCUCACGUCAUCAGCUACGUUCUGAUCUAUUUGUCGGCGUGCAUUAACCCAAUAAUCUACGUGACGAUGAACCGCCAGUUUAGACAGGCGUACAAAGAUCUUCUCUUUUGCACCGGGUGGACGCCGGAUGUGAAACAUUGCACCAAUAGCGCUUCGGGCAUGCACGGCGUAGCCAACAGGACGGCCAGCUCGAUCGCUUCCGUAGCGGUAACGGCCGUGCAACACCCGGACCCUGACCAAGUUCUUGCCAAGAGUAAACGAGUCUCCAGCAAUCCAGUUGACAUUCCUCUCAACCGAUUGAGUAACGCCUGUUGAUCAGCGCAUACAUACAAGUCGUAUGUAUAGUCAUUCAUUAAAGCUUUAUGCAUUUGUUUUAGUUUUUUAAUUCGAUCUUACAAUUUAUUCGUUUUUUAGUUUUUAGUUUAAUCUCACUUUUGUUUUGUUUCUGUUUGUUUUUAAGGAUAAGUUAUGGCAAUGGGGUAAAGAGAAAAUGUGUCAUGUUAAAAUGCCGUAAUUGGCCGUUUCCGUAUAGAGAGCUCCGCGCCAUUUUUUUUUUUUUUUUUUUGCCUAGCGCGAUUUUCCAUGUCCUUAUUUUUUCCGUUAAAACAAAAUCCUGGUCGUGUUAUUUGACGUUUUUGACGGGCUAAAUAAAGGACGAAGAUGUGACAUUUCCCAUGCCCCAGCGUUUAUUACUCGAGUUAUCCGUGUGUGCGUUCACCGAUCGCGAAAAGAGGCCAACACCGUUUGCCAUUAAUUUUUGUUUUCUUUUCUUGCUGAAUCCUUGAAAAAACAAGAAAAUCAAUCGUCCACUUUUAAAAGGAUUUGGAGAGCCCCGGCUGAAAUGGGUGGCCUAGUUUGAUGCCCGUGCGUGAUCCUAUAACAGCGACUCGUGUUUUAUAUCAAAUGUAAGAAAUGAUCCCCGUGAUAGCGUCGGUGAAGUGCCUCGUCGUUUCUUUUCUCCCUCCUCUCCGAAUUCGGCAAAAAAAAAAAAAAUCGGUCGUGAAAGGAUUUGCACGCAAAUCCUGCACGAUAAUGGUAUACCAUUUUUUACAGACACCUUUCCCGUCUCGUCUGCUGGAUAUUUACAAUGAUCUUUUUUUUUUCGCCUUACUUUUUCCUAUCCGGCCAUCCAACUGAAAUAGGUUACGACAUGGAGAACGUUUCACAAUGAUCCCUCUUCCCCAUAGGCCAUUCAAAUGCUACGCCAGUUAUAUCGCUUACGGAGGUGGAAAUGUAGCGUGAACGUUCGGAAUUCGGGUACGAUCUGACGUCGU